AUGGCUCGUACCAAGCAAACCGCUCGCAAGUCCACCGGAGGCAAGGCUCCCCGCAAGCAGCUCGCCACGAAGGCGGCUCGCAAGUCUGCUCCGGCCACCGGAGGAGUCAAGAAGCCCCAUCGCUACCGUCCAGGAACCGUCGCCCUCCGAGAGAUCCGUCGUUACCAAAAGUCGACGGAACUUCUCAUCCGCAAGCUUCCGUUCCAGCGUCUGGUCCGCGAGAUCGCUCAGGACUUCAAGACCGACCUGCGGUUCCAGUCUUCGGCCGUGAUGGCCCUGCAGGAGGCUGCCGAGGCCUACCUCGUUGGUCUCUUCGAAGACACCAACUUGUGCGCCAUCCACGCCAAACGCGUCACCAUCAUGCCCAAGGACAUCCAGCUGGCCCGACGCAUCCGAGGAGAGCGAGCUUAA